UGAGAUAGGAAGAGAGCUCGAGGAACUAAUGGUUACUAUUUUGGAGAAUGUUGAGAACGUCUGGGAAAUGAAAGCUCUUCGUGGCCACGGUUUCAGCCGUGAACGGUUCUUCCCUGUUUCCGAAAUCCCGCAAUCGUUCAGAAGAUCUUUUGUUGCUGAUUCUUUGGUUUUGCUUGAUGAUGCUGAUGACACUGAUUGCAUUGAUAAUAUUGCUGAUAGUGCUAAUGACCCUAAUUAUAUUAAUGAUCUUACUGAUUAUACCGAUAAACCUGAUGGUCUUAAUGAGACUGAUGGCCUUGAUAGGACUGACAUUUCACUCAAGUCAAUACUCAAAAUAUAUUGCUUAAUUUGUUGUUCAAUCUAA